AUGUUAACUAGAUUAUCUCAAGUUUAUCUUGCAAAUCGAUCGUUAUAUUCAUCCAUCUUCGCUCUAUCAUCACGUUUUUCAUCUUCUUAUACAAAAUUACCUUUUCCUUCAUCAAAACUUACUCAAAGUUAUUAUUAUCAUGCAAGUGAUGCUCCACUUUUAUAUCACACAAUCGGAGAUCAUUUAGAUCAACUUGCCAACACCUAUCCAAACCAUGAAUGUUAUGCAUUUAAAAGUGAAGGAAAUAAACGAUAUACAUAUAAAUCAUUUCUUGAUGAAGUUGAUAGUCUUGCAGCAAGUCUUCUUGAAUUAGGUUUUGAAAAAGGUGAUCGAAUUGGUGUUUGGUUACCAAACACUUCACAAACUUGUACAAUGAGCUAUGUUGCUUCUAAACUUGGCUUAAUUAAAGUAAAUAUUAAUCCAGCUUAUACAGAUCGUGAAUUAAGUUAUUGUAUCAAUAAAGUAGGAUGUAAAGGAUUAGUAAUGAGACCUAAUGUAAAAACAAUUGAUUGUAUAGCAAUAUUAAAUAGAUUAGUACCUGAACUUAGUGAAAAAAAACAUGAAUUAAAUGCAAAAUUAUUACCAACAUUAAAACAUGUAAUAUUAACACCAGGUGAUAAUGAACAACAUGGAAAAAUACCAAGUUAUAUCCCAUCGGGAAUACAUUUAUAUAAUGAUCUUGUGCGUAAGGGUGCAGGAAAACGACAAGAAGAACGACGUAAACGUCAAUCAGAAAUGAAUGGUGAUACUCCAGUUGCAAUUUUCUAUACAUCAGGAACUACUGGACAACCUAAAGCAGCAACAUUAACUAAUUUUAAUCUAUUAAAUACUAGUGUGCCAAUGUAUUAUACUCAUCCAGAAUAUAUGAGUCGUGUAUGUUGUCCUGUUCCAACAUUUCAUUUAUUUGGUGAGGGUGGUGGAACUUUAAAUAUUAAUGCACCAGGUUAUUUUGUAGCAUUUCCUGCAAUUUUACCGGAUACAUUAGAAACAAUGCGUACUAUACAAGAAGAGAAAUGUACUGCAUUAAUAGGACCACCAAUAAUAUGGCGAGAUCUUCUUAAUCAUCCACGAAGAAAAGAAUUUGAUUUAACUUCUCUUUUGUUUGGUAUGAUUGGUGCAGCACCUGUUAGUCCAGUACUGCUAGAAGCAUUAGAACGUGAAAUUCCAGUAAAAGAAAUGUCUCAAGUUUAUGGUCAAACAGAAAAUACAGGUUUAAUGGUUAUGAGUAUUUUUGCUGGAGAUAAUAAGAAACUUCGAUUUGCAUCUGUUGGUAAAGCAAUGCCUCAUGUUGAAAUGAAAAUAGCGGAUAAGAAUAAUGAUAUUUUACCAAUUGGUGAAGAAGGUGAAAUUUGUGCACGUGGUUUUAAUCUUAUGAGAGGUUAUUAUGGGGAUGAGGAAAAAACACGUAAUACAAUAACAUCUUCUGGUUGGUUAAAAACAGGUGAUAUAGGUUACAUGGAUGAAGAUGGUUAUGUUUAUUAUCGUACGCGUCAAAAAGAGUUGAUAAUUGUUGGUGGUUUAAAUGUUUAUCCAGUUGAAGUUGAAAAUUGUCUUUUAGAACAUCCAUGUAUAAGUGAUGCUCAAGUAUUUGGUAUUCCUGAUGAACGAUAUGGUGAAAUAGUUUGUGCAUGGAUAAAAGCAAAACCAAAUACAAACAUUGAUAAUGUUGAAGAAAUAAAAAAAUUCUUAGAAUCAAAAUUAGCAUUUUUUAAAGUACCAAAACAUGUCAAAGUGGUUGAAUCAUUUCUUCCAUUUAUGACACAAACUGGCAAAGUACAAAAAUUUAAAUUAACAGAGACAAUGGUUAAAGAAAUAUUAAAAUCAUUUUAA